UGGCGUAUCUGCGGAGUGCAGAGGUAGACUGUAAAAUAAAUACGAGACAUUUGACGUCCAAGAAUAAAGAAUGGUAUUGCGGUUCUGUCCGUUCUGCGCUAAUCUUCUCAGAUUCCGGGAGCAUCCAUCGGGCAAUCGAUUCGCAUGCCCCACGUGUCCAUAUAUUUUUCCAAUAAGGUCCCGAAUAAGUUCACGCACUUACUUUACGGGCAAAGAGCGUGCUGACAUUAUUGACGCUGAAUCCGCAUGGAUGGGAGUAGAUUCGACGGAUGAACGUUGCCCCAAGUGUUCACAUCCACGUGCUUACUUCAAGCAGAUACAAACGCGGUCCGCCGACGAACCUAUGACACUCUUCUAUAGAUGCUGCAAUCACGAAUGUGCUCACACGUGGCGAGUCGAUUAAUCUCACAGAAGUGGAAUACUGCAAGCAUUAGAUCUAUCAUGAAUCCCAGCUCAAUGGGUCCCAUGAAAGUUAUUAUGA